AUGGAUGAUACACGGAUACCAAAGAUGUUCUUCCAUGGCCAGCUUGCUCAUGGAAAGUGCUCUAUUGGCGAUCAGUAUAAGUGCUAUAAAGACAUCCUAAAGGCCAAUACAAAGUCAUGCGGCAUAUAUCCCAAUGAUCUGGAAACGAUAGUUCAGGACAGAUUGUCCUGGCGACAAACUAUUGUACAGGCUCUUAAUUGCUUUGAGAGUCAGCGUAUCCAGGCAUUGCAGGAAAAGUUCAGGAUCCGAAAAGAACAUACAGCGCCUGCUAUUGGCAGCUUUUUAUGUGACAUCUCUGAUGUUAGAUCCAGAGUAACACCCUUUUUCUUUCUUCCUUUCUUUCAGCCGGACAAUGAAAUCUCUUCAGACUGCAACCAUCUGCUUUGGAACUACAAGUUGAACCUCACUACAGAUCUGAAGUUUGAAUCCGUGGCCAGAGAGGUCUGUAAGUCCACCAUAACAGAGAUCAAAGAGUGUGCGGAUGAGUUGGCUGGGAAAGGCUAUUUGGUGUCCUGUUUGGUGGACCAUAGAGGCAACAUCACUGAAUACCAGUGUCACCAGUACAUCACCAAAAUGACAGCCAUCAUCUUCAGUGACUACCGGCUGAUCUGUGGCUUCAUGGAUGAUUGCAAGAAUGACAUUAACGCGCUCAAAUGUGGCAGCAUUCGACCUGGAGAAAAGGAUGCUCACUCGCAAGGAGAGGUGGUGGCCUGCCUGGAGAAAGGGCUGGUGAAGGAGGCAGAGGAGAAUGACCCUAGAGUCCAGGUUUCUGAGGGGUGUAAGAAAGCAAUUCUUCGUGUGGCCGAACUCUCCUCGGACGACUUCCACUUGGACCGGCACUUGUACUUUGCGUGCCGCGAUGACCGGGAGCGCUUCUGUGAGAAUACUCAAGCUGGGGAAGGCCGGGUUUACAAGUGCCUCUUUAACCACAAAUUUGAAGAGUCUAUGAGUGAAAAGUGCCGCGAUGCUCUCACUACCCGCCAGAAGCUGAUUGCCCAGGACUAUAAAGUCAGCUAUUCGUUGGCCAAGUCCUGCAAAAGUGACCUGAAGAAGUAUCGCUGCAAUGUGGAGAACCUUCCUCGGUCCCGGGAAGCCCGGCUUUCCUACCUGCUGAUGUGCCUCGAGUCUGCAGUGCACAGAGGUCGGCAGGUGAGCAGUGAGUGCCAGGGGGAAAUGCUGGAUUACCGGCGCAUGCUAAUGGAAGACUUCUCCCUCAGCCCUGAAAUCAUCCUGAGCUGCCGAGGCGAGAUUGAACACCAUUGCUCUGGGCUGCAUCGCAAGGGCCGCACUCUGCACUGCCUGAUGAAAGUUGUGCGUGGGGAGAAGGGCAACGUUGGCCUGAACUGCCAGCAGGCGCUUCAAACACUGAUUCAAGAGACUGACCCUGGUGCAGAUUAUCGCAUUGACAGAGCUUUGAAUGAGGCUUGCGAAUCCGUGAUACAGACAGCCUGCAAACACAUACGAUCUGGAGAUCCAAUGAUCCUGUCGUGCCUCAUGGAACACUUGUACACGGAGAAGAUGGUGGAGGACUGUGAACACCGGCUGCUGGAGCUGCAGUACUUUAUUUCUCGGGAUUGGAAAUUGGAUCCAGUCCUUUACCGCAAAUGUCAGGGCGACGCGUCUCGACUCUGUCACACACAUGGCUGGAAUGAGAGUACCAGUGACCUGAUGCCUACAGGGGCUGUCUUCUCCUGCUUGUAUCGACAUGCCUACCGCACAGAGGAGCAGGGAAGGAGGCUGUCACGUGAGUGCAGAGCAGAAGUGCAGCGAAUCCUUCACCAGCGUGCAAUGGACGUGAAGCUGGAUCCCACCCUCCAGGACAAGUGCAUGAUUGACCUGGGGAAAUGGUGCAGUGAAAAAACAGAGACGGGACAGGAACUUGAAUGCCUCCAGGACCAUCUUGAUGACUUGGUGGUGGAUUGCAGAGACAUUGUAGGAAACCUCACUGAGCUGGAGUCUGAGGAUAUUCAGAUUGAAGCCUUGCUGAUGAGAGCGUGCGAGCCCAUCAUUCAGACUUUCUGCCACGAGAUGGCUGAUAACCAGAUAGACUCUGGGGACUUGAUGGAGUGUUUGAUUCAGAACAAGCACCAGAAGGAGAUGAAUGAGAAGUGUGCCAUUGGAGUCACUCAUUUCCAGCUGGUGCAAAUGAAGGAUUUCAGGUUCUCCUACAAAUUUAAAAUGGCUUGCAAGGAGGAUGUGCUGAAACUCUGCCCCAACAUCAAAAAAAAGGUGGACGUGGUGAUCUGCCUAAGCACUACGGUGCGCAAUGACACGCUGCAGGAUGCCAGGGAGCAGAGGGUCUCUCUGAAGUGCCGCAAACAGCUGCGCGUGGAGGAGCUAGAGAUGACGGAGGAUAUUCGACUGGAACCAGAGCUGUAUGAGGCUUGUAAGAGUGAUAUCAAGAACAACUGUCAGAAUGUGCCCUAUGGCAAUGCUCAGAUUAUCGAGUGUUUGAAGGAGAAUAAGAAGCGCCUGAGCAACCGGUGUCACCAGAAAGUAUUCAAACUGCAGGAGAAUGAGAUGAUGGAUCCAGAACUAGACUACACGCUCAUGAGGGUCUGCAAGCAAAUGAUUAAGAGGUUCUGCUCCGAAGCUGAUUCGAAGAACAUGUUGCAGUGUCUGAAACAGAACAAGAACAGCGAGGUGAUGGACCCAAAAUGCAAACAGAUGAUCACCAAGCGACAGAUCACACAGAACACAGAUUACCGUUUGAAUCCAGUGCUCAGGAAGGCCUGCAAACAAGACAUCCCCAAAUUUUGCCAAAAUAUUCUGAAUACUGCCAAGGAUGAUGCAGAGUUGGAGGGACAGGUCAUCUCCUGCCUCAAGUUGAAAUAUGCGGACCAGCGUCUGUCUCCAGACUGUGAGGAUCAGAUCCGAGUGAUAAUCCAGGAAUCGGCCCUUGAUUACCGGCUAGAUCCCCAACUGCAGAUGCACUGUUCUGAUGAGAUCUCCAGGUUGUGUGCAGAGGAAGCAGCAGCGCAAGAACAGACUGGGCAGGUGGAGGAGUGCCUGAAAGUUAACCUGCUCAAAAUUAAAGCUGAGAUGUGUAAAAAGGAGGUGCUCAACAUGCUGAAAGAGAGCAAAGCAGACAUAUUUGUUGACCCAGUCCUUCACACAGCCUGUGCCCUAGACAUCAAACACCACUGUGCAGCCAUCCCGCCCGGAAGAGGACGUCAAAUGUCUUGCCUAAUGGAAGCUUUGGAAGACAAGCGUGUGAGGUUACAGCCUGAAUGUAAGAAACGCCUUAAUGAUCGAAUUGAAAUGUGGAGCUAUGCUGCAAAGGUCGCCCCAGCAGAAGGCUUUUCUGAUCUUGCUAUGCAAGUGAUGACUUCUCCGUCCAAGAACUACAUCCUGUCCGUUAUCGCAGGCGGCAUCUGUGUACUCUUCCUGAUUGGCCUCAUGUGCGGACGCAUCACCAAACGGGUGACACGAGAGCUCAAGAACAGGUAGAGCCUGGAUUGCCUGCUGAAGUCAUGCCUGCCCAGCGCCCAGUUUGUACAGUCGUCCUCUGUAUAAUCAACCCACCCAACCCCUCCCGUGAGGAGAAUAAAAAAGAAUUAGAACAGCAGCAGGUGUCGGCUCAGUUGUCCCAUCUUGGAUCUCGUCCAUGGCAUCUUCAUCAUCCUAUGAAAGAGUUGGUGUGCAACACUGGCAGGCCAGCCAGCAGCUUUUGUUCCCCCUUGUUAGCGGACUCCUGUUACCUGCCUGUAGAUGAGUCUCUUUAUUGUCUUGUUGGAACUGCCUUCACCAAAUCAGACUGACAUGACCUGCAGCUCAAGCAGUUUGUAAGUAAAUUUUUAAAGGAAGAAAAAUACAUACAUACCAAUCACAGCAGGAGUGAGGCAGUGUUCCUUACUGGGAUAUGUUCGUAUUGAGGUAGGAAAUUAGAGGGUAAAUUGCAUCACUCACCGCAGUUGGCCUUGUUUCGUACAUCUUGCUCCUGCUAUCCCAAGCACCUUCAGGGGAUGUCCAUCAGUGGAGUUUGCCUCUGAAUGGCCAGUUUUUGAGACUGGGGCUUUGGCCUGAGGAGACGAUGCCCUCCGAUUCCCCUGUUUUCCUCCACUACUCACUGGAUAAAACAAAAUACUGGCAGGAUCGCAAAUGCCAGUGGUCUGAUUUGCCAUUUGAGCUGUAGAGCAUAUCCUUUGGUUAGGGAAAGGGUGUGGAGGUUAAGCGUUGAAGAACCAGUCAGUGUAAUGUGACAGCUGCAACUUACAGACCCUGAUUCAUCAAAGGCAAUGCAGUUGAAUUUUGUCACUCCUUUAUUACUGCCCUGUUGCCAAGCUAAGACCUCCCUUAAUUAGCUAUUCAAAGAAGGUCAUGAUGAUACAUUAGCAACGUUCCAUGUUGCCCAGUGAUGUUGAAUGGGACUUGAAUUACCAAUGUUUGUUUCAAUAGAAGGAUUGUUUAUGGGUUAGUGUGGUGAUUCAUCAUUGGCCUCUCCAACUCUUAAUUGCUUGAGUUACAGCAUUAAAAACAGACUAAAAAAGUUUCAAACCUGUGAAACCCUGGUUGCUAUAGAUGGAAUUUGGCAUCUGGGGAUGUAGGUCAGAAUGCUGGCCCUCACUGUGGGGCAGGAGAGAACUGGAGACAUGUUGGUAGUGCGAGGUGGAGGACAGACAUGUUCACCUUUUGAGGGGAAUAGCUUUGUCACCCACUGAUGUGCACAUGUGGGCUCUAAUAACAUUUCCCGAACUUGAUUCCCAGCCCAAUUUCCCAGCUCUAGGGAGGUCUUUUGUAGAAACACUUCUAGCUGUGGUAACUUCUUACCAUCUUCUGUGUUCCCCAAGGCAUGGAGGAGAUUCCUCCAGGCCACUCCGUGGCUGGGACCUAGGGUGGACAGGUUGAGUGUGUGGUUCAAGUGGGGCAGUGACUGCACGAGAGUCGGCAUGUACAGUAAGAUAGAGAUAUAUAUAUUUUAUUAACCUUUUAGAUGUGUUCUCCUUGGUGUGCUAGAGUAUACAUCAUGUGCCUAACACUCUCCAGCUAGGCUAAUGCUUGAUCCAUAACUUUCUUUUCCUGUUCCCUCUUAUUGCACUGCUUGGGUAACUUCUGAAGUUUCCAGUGUUAGACAUUGAUCUGAUACAAGAUGGGGGCAUUUCUGAAUGUGGACCAGCUGAUUCUAGUUAUGCUGCAUAGACAAACUGAUCUCUGAAAAUACUGUGAUUGCUUUUGCUACCCUUACAAAAUGAUAGAGGGGAGGUGAAAAGUUGAGGUUUUUGGUAACAUGUCUCUGCACCAGGCCACUUUGAAGACGGAAGAUAGACUCAGAGGCCCAGGGUUAGUACGAUGAAAAUGAAUUAGAAAAGGUCACAGGAAAGACAACUGGUGGUGGUGUCUGGAGUUUAACCAAGGGACUGUCAAGACUGGACAGGAGAUGAGAAGCCAAGCAGUGGAGCCAGUUUCACAGAAGAGAACUGCCAUCUUGCUUGGUGUGCUGUAGGUUUCCAAUCAGGCAACAUGUUAAGUCAUCCUUGGAACAGAAAUGGAGUCUAAAUUCCUUCCCCACUCAGUGCUACUUGUGUGGUUUUACUGAUUCUGCAUGAGUGAAGCUGAGGGCCAGUAAAGGCAAUGGCAGAUCACAUCACUUGCACAAAGCUUAAAAAGGGUGUUGGGUGGCACACAAAUGAGUGUGUGGUGUAGUUGCAAAAGCACAUGGUUUCACCUCUCACUGGAAGUGUCAUUUCAAUAAAUAGGCAGCCAAGUCCGGCAGAUGGGGUGAAUUCAAAGUGCAGGAGGAAAGGAAACAAGAUUAUAUUUUCUCCCCAAUGUACAGUGUGUGUUGGCGAUAUUAGCGUUGCCUAAAUUUUGCUAUGACAAAACUGAAUUGCCGUCCAGGUACUUUGUAUUUUUUGAGGGCAUAUUUGUUUCCUGUUGAACUUGAAGAGCCCAUCUGAAGUGGUGUAAAAUACCUUGACUAGCAGCUUGAAGUAAAUCCCACAUGCAAUUGUAGCAAAAUAUUGUAGUGGAUUUAUCAGCCGCUUUACUUUCCAAUGCAAGUUCUCUAUUGGAGCAGGUUAGGGCUUGGAGAGACUUGAUUUCCUGCAUUUUCCAUUGCAGCAGAGAGCAGAACAGUGAUGCAGGAGGAAACAUUAAAGGCAAAAGACAAGUUAGCUGUGUAGUGCAGCGUAGAGGUAAGAACAGAGCCCCCGAGGGUAAAGAGCAAACAUCGGCCAGAGGAGAGCAGGCUUGUUCUGUGGAAUACAGAGUCUCUUCUUGAGUCCCUUCCAGCCAAUCUCCAUGUUGGUGCUCUGUUUGAAUACAGUAUUGUCUCAACCAACUGCAGUCCUCAUCCCUGCAGCUGUGCCAUGCGGACACCUUCCUCCAGGCCAGGUGUGUCUUUUGCUGAAGCCUUCACAAACCAAACUCCCAGCAGCUGCAUUUUCUGGGUAUUGCAUUAAGCAUUUGCUGUCUGCAUGGUUUGUGCUGUCAGAAUGUCACCUGGGAACUUAGUUCAGAUGUCAGUGGACAACGGAGCACCUGCAUGUAAAGGGGAGGAGUGGAGGGAGGCUAGUGAGACCUGAACCGUGUAUCUGGAGCUUGCCUUCUGUAACAGUGUGCUCAGAAGUGCAGUAGUGUGCAGGCCCAAAUGUCCUGUUGCAGGGGCUACAAUAGAAUGGAGGGAGCCCCAUCUCUCGCAGGGAAUUGACAUGGUGAAGGCUGGGCAGAGAACACUGUCACUGGCUGUCACUUUUAGCCAUUUCAUAAUCAUUAAGAUUUAUGCCCAAGUUACCGCCCUAAAAAUGAGCCCCCACCCCUCAACCUAUUGGUUUGCUAAACACAAUGACACUGGCAAAGAAAGUCAGGGUGACUAGAAAUAUUCCAGUACCCUGCAUUAGAAAUGCCACCCUAGCAUGGAAAGACCUUGGACCUAAAGAAGCCUCCAGAAAAACACAACAAAAUAACUAGUCUUGUUCCAAAUAUAUCCUGAUUGCUUAGGAUCUACCCUUUGGGUAUCUGACGAGCCACUCGCUGGCUGUAUCAGUAAAUGCCCAAAGUAGAUGGACAUUCCCUAUUGCUGGGAGUACAGAGAACUACACUACUGUAAAAAUGCACCGCUGCUUUCGUGACUUUAAGGGCACUUUUACUUUGAUUCAAUGAAAACAUUAGUAAUACUUGGAAGUAAUCUCUCCAAAUGGCAUGUGGCAGAAGGUGGCUUCUAGAUCCAAGGGCUCCUUGCCACUUCUUUACUUUUAGUCCUAAAGUUUGUUGUUCCCCUCCAGUCUGGACUUGACCAUCACCCCUCAGUUAAGGGAGGCUGCUGCUCAUCCAUGGGCUAGGCUGUCUUUGUGCUAGUAUUGGAGUGCUGAUACUCUUGGGAAUGGCUUGACUGAAGUAGCCAAAGGAGGAAAUAACUCCUAGUAAGGAUUGCUCAGUUGCCUACUGAUACAUUCAGAUCUUGCUGUCCUCAGGCAAGAGAACAUGACUAAAGGGAAGGGAAGACUUGUGUAGCACAUUCUUCUCAGUACUUCACUCUGGCUAACCAGGUGGUGGCUACUUGCCCGUUCUUGUAACAAAAUAGCCUUAUUUAUUGUUUACGAAUGGGUCAGAUCCAAGACUUUGAUUUGUCUUGUUGCCUUUUGAUAGGUCUGGCCCUGACUCUUGCCUCCCAGAAAAUCGUUUUUCAAGUGCAGAUAGCUGCAGUUAAGGAUGUGAAUUGGAGCAGCAUUCCUUCUAAUGCUUCACUCAAACCUGUCCCUCCCCUUUGCUGCUGCAGAAGGACUGAAAGACUCCCCUGGCUUUUAGAAUAAGAUGUUAGAAUAAUUCUCUGCAAGAUCCAUACAAACCUGACCAUCUUAGCCCUGAGUGGCACUCUUGCAGCCUGCCCAGUGGAAGGUGAGCUGUCUACUCUGGAGGGCAGCACUUUCUAGUUAGCAUUGAAGGCGCUUUUCUUUGCUGUGGGGUGAAGGGGAAGCUGAGGAAAUGUGCUGGCAGUUUGCCCAGAAGUGGUGAGCUCUGGUUUAUCACAUUCAGGGGAAGGUGAUUUCUGUUAACUCAAAGCUAUUUAGUUGAGAAGGAAUGGCAUCCUUUGAAUUUUUGACAGCGUUUUGAGUUUUCAAAGUGAAUGUUGAAUUCAGUGUGAUGAGAUCAUGCCUGACCAACUCAUUUUUUCCUUUCUAUUUAAAAUAUUUCUGUAUAGAUUUAUAAACUGAUUUCACUGUGCCAGUGAGGUUUUAUUACAAUCCCCUCAUGGAGCAGAGCAGCUCCCAGACAGGUAUUGUUGCUUUCCAGCUUCUGAGGGUGAGAGGGGCCAGCCCAGGUUUUAAGCCUAAUGAUGAGCCCAUGUGUUGAGUCCCCAUCAUGGUGUAUGCUCAAUUCUCAGUGAAGCCUCAGUGGAAGGGAGAGGACAAGUACAGCCAAGAUCUCAAUCUGGUAAAUUGGUACAGCUGCUUGUCUCACAUUGUUGGGCUUCAGCUUAUGUACGCUGCAGAGUGUUACCUGUAGGGCCUGCCUACAAGGAUGGGGGAGCAGUAUCCUGCCACCUUUAUUGAGCAGAAACAGCCUUAUCCAAAACUUAACUAUUUUGAUUUUGUAACUCUCUGAAAGCAAAAGCUCUGUGUUCCAGCAUCAGUCACUGAAAUGCGAGCACAAAGAGCCUGGAAAAGAUGUUUUGUUUGUAUAAAGGGAGACACUUGAGCAUCUGCAUGGGGGAAGGGUCUCCAAAUAAUAUGCAACGAAUAACAUUGUUAGCCUCCCCACGUACAGUGUACAAAACAGAGCCAAGCAAGAAAACAUAGACUGUACAGCAAAAACUGUUUGAACUUAGUCCUUUUUUAACGUAACAUUAACAAGACUCUUUGUAAAUUGUUUUCCUUUCUGUGUAUAAAAUCCUCGCUGUUUCUUGUUUUUUACAUGUCCAUGCUGUGUAAUUUUGAGAUGUUCCUGAGAUUCUGAACAUAAUGUGCUUUUUUUCUGUACAGAUGAAAUGGGAGAAUUUAAUAAAAAAAGAGUCUGCAGGUU